AUGUCGAACCGUAUGAGGCGCCGUAUCACCACGGCCAAACGUGAGGAAAUCGAAAAGGAACAGAAAUUGCUCGAUCUGACCAUCGUGCGGCCCUUUGAGACCCUCAACGGCCUCCCCAUUUCGUACAGUGCACCGCCCAGCCAAUACGGCGACAUUUUGAAAAAUCCGCUCACAGUCAAAGAUUCUGCUGUUCUCUACAAUUCGCUUUUACGGUCGCGAGACACAAUCGUGCACCAUGCGCCGAUGUUCAAGUUGCAUUGGGUGAGACAAACAGCCUACGCGAAGAAACUCGCAGAGAUGGAUAAAGACAAACAGAAGGAGGUGCUUGAAGACCGCGAGAACAAGCGGCGUUUUGCCAAGGCGACGUCCAAUUCUUUGGAGGCCCAUUUCCGCCAGCCGGUGCUUACACCAGACAUCAACGCUAGAGACGUCAUGUCGAAGCUCUGCGAGUCUGCAAUCACAAUUGGUCCUCAUAGCAUGGACAUCCGUAUAUAUAUUGCUAAAGAUUCGCGUUCUGAAAAGGGGAAAAGAGGCACCGUGCUCCCGCCUGGGCCGGGUGACCAGACCACAUGUCUUAAUCGUGCAUUCGAGUCAUUGCCGCCAUUGGAAAGCACAAAACCUUCUGAAAAGAGUCCGGAAACUGUGCCGGGUUCUGGCGAUGCAACUGUUGCCGGUACUGAUGCUACAAUCAAGCCUGAAAAUGGAGAAGCAGAGGCCAGUAAUACCCAGCCGGAAGUGGCUGACGCCUCUAGCCACGGCCCCGAAGCGGAGACUGAUAAAAAGAGCAAUUCAAAUCCAGAAACCUCUUCAGGGCAGGAUCUCCAAGAUGAAAAGAAUGCUGACCCAAGUGAUCCUACCAACGAGCAGAGCGCGUGCUCACCUCUAGAUUCUGGAAAUCACACAACUGAGUCUCGUGCCGUAGAUGAUUCAACGAAAUUAGACGAUUCUCCAUUACCAGACGAAAGUAAGACUAGUCAGCCGGACGUCUCGGCAGAUCGAAUUAACGAUGAUGACAAGACUGAAAGUAUGGAGGUGGAUGAAACUCCCAAAGACGCUUCCAGCGAGAUCGCAGAACUGAAUAAAGAAGAGGAAAUUAAUCGUGAAGAUGACUCACAACCUGAGGUAUCUGCUACACCGAAUGAGGAAGAAGGCAAUGCAAAGGAAAUGGAAGUCGAUGGCGAUGUUGUUCAGACCCAAGAACAAGAAGAAUCGCUGAAAAAUACAGAAGCAUUGUCUCAGGAUCCUGAAGAUAAGGAGGCUAAGAUUUCUGCGGAACCUACAAUUGACGAAAGUGAAAGCAAAAUGGAAGUCGAUAACGAAACCAAUGACAAAGUAGCUGAAGGAACACAACCAGAACCUGAGGCAGAGAAUGAAAUCGAAGAAUCCAAAGAACCUGAAGGUAAAUCAGAAAAUGCUGAGGCUGAAAUGCCAAAAGUUAGCGAUAACGAUGAAGAGCGAGAGGAGAAGGAUGAUGUUGUUGAAGAUGAUGACAACGAAGUUGACAAAGUAGAUAUUGAUGAGGAAGAAGAGGAAGAAGAGGAAGACGAAGAAGAUGAGGAAGACUCAGAGGAUUCAGAGGAUGAUGACGAUGAUGAAGACGAAUAUGUGGAUGAUUAUGACAAGAAGAGGAAAAAGGUAGAAGUUUAUUCAGAAGAAGAACAAGAAGAAGAAGAGCUUGAUGAGGACAGUGUGGCGGUAAAAAGCGAAGAAAAUGGUGAAGCAGGUCAAAAGAAGCGUGGCGGUCCAAAAGGCCCACGGCCAAAAAGACAGAAAACUGUAACCCCCAGAAGGCUGAGUCGUCUAAAAGAAGAAGCCUCUAAACCCAAACGACUCCCUUCGCCAUCUCCUUCCCCUCCACCUCCACCACCUCCUAAAGUGAAGGGUAGAAAGCGCGGUCGGCCACCAAAAGUAAGACCACCUCCAGAACCUGAGAAUGAAAUCAAGGAAGAGGCAAAAGAAAUGGAUUCGGAGGUUGUCAAAGAAGAAACAACUGAGCCGGAGAUUCCCAAGGAACCUGUCAAGAAACGUGGGCGUGGUAGACCGAGAAUUCAUCCAAUCGUCGAAAAGAAAGCGCCAGAACCAAAAGAACCAUCGAAGGAACCCUCUGUUCCAGCUGAAAAGACUCCUGCUCCUGAUGCGGCUGCGGAACCUUCUUCAAACCAGGUUUCCACUCAAACAGCUCCUCCGCCCCCUCCUCCGCCAGCCAAUCUUCAGUCCAUCGAUAACAUCAUCAUGAUUUCCAACCUUAAUACUAUUGCGGAAACAGAUCUUUCCCUUAAUGGAUUGAUGAAAAGAGUUGCACUAGGCAAAGCUCCUGAAGAAGAAGUUAACCGUUUCAAGGGCUACAUUGAGCAAGCUAGGCGGAUGGGUCCACAGCCUCAUCAUGCUGAUCUCUACUUCAAGCACGGUCUCCCAUUGCCGCCAAAUUUUCCACGGGUUUAUCCAAUGAGACCACCUCAGUACGAUCCUCAGAUGGCUUACCGUCAAAGACAGGCUGCCUUGCCUAAGCUCACCGCUUUCCAAGAACGUUACUUGUACAACGCUACUUUGGUGAUUGAGUUCCAUGAAAACGCCAACGUUAGAUACAUCAUUCCACAAGACUCAAUCUGUGAAAUUUUAGAGCCAGAGAAGCCGCCCCCAGAAGACGGCGAGGAAGGCACUGACUACAAAGAUGUCUUGUUCAGUCACAUAUGGAUACAUAACAUGGACGCUGUGUUGAAGUAUGAGAAAGAUUUAGAGGAGUAUGAUCAAGAGAUGGAAAAGUUCAAAAAAGAAGAGGAGGAGAAGAAAAAGUUGAUUGAAGAAAACGAGAAAAGACUUGCUGAGGGCUUACCAAUCAAAGAAGAGCCUGUCAUACUCGAGCCCAAAGGACCAAGAAAUAAGAAAAAGGGCGUCAAGACAAAGGAAAACGGCCCACGUCUUCCAAAAGAUCCCAAUCUCAAGUAUACUGCCUACUCUUUUACGCUUCACAACAUUCCUACCAAAUAUGUUCCAAUUGUUGUAAAUAGUGUGAAGCCGUUGCCGGAGGUGAGGGCACGUAUGGAGAAGGUGUUACGACUGGGCACCAGGGUCCCCAGUUACUACCUAUGGUACAGAGUGGAUGCACGUUUGGAUGAAAAGUUUGCGGAAUCGUUACGUUUCAGAACUGUGGAAGACGAGAAGGACAUGGUCGGUAUGGUGCCACCAGUAGAGCCUAAGAAGAGAAAACCCUCUCAAAAUAAGGGACAAAAGCAAAAGAAGUCGAAGGAGGGUAGCCCGGAUGGCAGACCAGUAGUUCAAGGGUAUCCUUUGACUGCUAAGGGAUACACACCAGUGUUGAACACAGGUGUUACUGGUCCAGAAUACUCUCAAGGCACAUAUUGA